AUGUCAGCAGAAGCCGAGAGCCAAGACAUGCCGAAUUCUACUCCUAUCAAUGACGGCAUGGUGUGUGAUACUAAGGAGAUAUAUGAGGUUAAGAAAGAUCGAUUCGGCCAGAUCACUUGGUCGGCCAAGUAUCCCGAUGAUGUGGAAGAUGCUGCUGAGAAUGCGGAGACCGCCCGUUGUGCCAUUCUUUUACGCUACAGGAAAAGCUUCGAUUCUCGCAAGAAAAUGGAAAUGGAUAGCAUCAUCAUCCAGAGUCCAUUGCUCAAGCAAGUUUUGAACAAAGUUAUGAAGGAUUAUCCUGGUGUAACUACAAGCUUGCAGAGACUCGAAUUCAAAUCCCCCUUCAAUCCAUUCGUUCAUCGCUGGAUCCAACUGUUGCAGGCCAUCGAGAACGAGAACGAUGAAGAUACAAAAGCUCAUCUUGUUCUUUUACAAAAGAUUCUCGAACCAGAACUCAAAGACGUGAUCGAGGCCAGAAUUGACUACAUCGAGAACAAGCCAAUAUGGGGUCGUGAUUCUGCUGUAUCGUUUUCUCACGGCGUUGCUAUCAACGAUGAGAAGAAAGGUCACGUCUAUCGAGUAUACUGCUAUAUGGUGAAUUGGGAUGGUGAAAAAUUUGGAUUCGACUUGGGUCUUUGCGAUAUUUCAGAGUUUAUAGGCACGGCCGAGAUCGAUACACUCCCUGUCUUUCCACUCGAGUUUCAUCCAGAUGAAAAGAAGAUUAAGGCUAAGCUUUUCAAACGCGGAAAGCUUUUUGAACAAUAUCGUGGUCAUCAUUUUAGAUAUUACAAGUCCUUUGCCAUUGGUGAAGAUCCUGAAUCUGGCUGCCCUAUCAAGGUAACCGUUGAUAGUCGUAUCAUUAUUGAUACUCGUGCAUAUGGCAAAUUCAACCCCAACAAAGUUUCACCCCUCAAGUCGCUUAUCCAUAAGAGGGCUUCUGAAAUCGCGGAUCUAGAGUCAGACUAUGGAAGCGAUGAGUACGAGCUAUAUGAGGACGAUAUCAAUUACUCCCCUAGAAACCCAACUUUGAACAGAGAUAAGGAUUCUACCUGGUCCACCAUCAAACCCCUCGCCUUAGAACAUCUCAUCAUUUGUUCCCCUCUUCUCAAAGGAUAUGCUUUAAAAGAGAAACUUUGGCUUGAAUUUUUGGUUGAUGUUCCUACCGACAUCGCCUGGAGCAAUUCUGCAUUCCAAAGUCUCGUCCUUCCGCCAGCACAAAAAGAACUGAUUCACGCCAUCGCAACUUCCCAGAUCUCAAACUCUUCGAAGUUCGACGAUGUCAUUAGUGGCAAAGGCAAAGGCAUAAUCUUUCUGCUUUCGGGUGGCCCUGGUAUUGGGAAAACCUUGACUGCUGAAUCUGUUGCCGAGCAAAUGCAAGUUCCACUCUACGUGCUUUCGGCCGGAGAUUUAGGCACAGAAUCUAAAGAUGUUGAGUCAGCUUUGCGUUCAGUCCUUCAGAUGGUCACCAGUUGGAAUGCGAUCUUAUUGUUGGAUGAAUGUGAUGUUUUCCUCGAGGCACGAACUUCAAAUUCGCUUGAACGCAACAAGAUUGUUUCGAUCUUCUUACGAAUACUUGAAUAUUAUGAAGGGAUUUUAUUCAUGACCACAAAUCGUGUCAAAAAUAUUGAUCCUGCUUUCAAAUCACGCAUUCAUUUAAGUAUGGAUUUUAAGGAUUUGGAUAAGAACGCUAGAGAGAAAAUUUGGAGAAACUUUCUAUCGCGUGGAGAGGAUCAAGGACAUCAUCAUCAAAUCACUGAUGUUGAGAUUGGCAGAUUGGCGGACUCAAACAUUAAUGGAAGACAAAUUAAGAAUGUUUUAAAGACUGCUAAGUUGCUUGCUAGUCACAAGGGUGAGCUUCUCAAGUUCGAACACGUUGGAACCGUUAUGAGUGUGGAGGGAAAUUAA